AUGCGCUGUUCACAGUUGGAGCAAGUGGAAAACCCGUACAGCUCAAUGCCCAGCAUAGCACUGAACCAUGAACGGCCUUAUUUGAUGUUACCGCCGUUGAUUGACUGGUGUCGAAUAAUCGAAGCAAACUGUGACCAUCGAAUGGGAGCUAUGAUCGAAAGUACUGACGUUGUGCAAGCAGCCAGGAUACUAUUGCCAUAUUUGGAUUGUCCACCGCCUAUUCUUGGAGAUGAGCAGAUCGUACUUUAUGACGAAACUUCCGAAAGUGUCGAAAUUUUGAAAGAACACGUGUCGUUUUUGGUCAUAGCUUCGACGCAACCGGAGAAAAUGCCCUCUGUGAUGGAACAGUUGCGAAUAAGGAGUCUUGAUGUCCACAACAGUCGCGGUUUGACGCCACUGAUGCUUGCCUGUUUACACGGCGACCUGGAACGCGUCAAAGCAUUGCUGAACCUCGGAACAUCGAUCGACGCCAUUGUAGCCGCCAGUGCCACUGGGAGUCGCUGUCAGGCACCACAGUGUGAUGUAAUCGCCGGCUGGACAGCACUUAAUUUCGCUGUCAUUGGCAACAACCUGGAAGAAGUGAAAUUUUUGUUGGAUAAAGGUGCCAGCUUGGAACUUCCCGCUAUGGUUACUGAAACGCCUCUUCAAGUAGCUGCAAUGACGGGCAACUACGAGGCGGCGAAACUUCUACUGUCUUGUGGCGCUGACCCGUUCUAUUCGACGUUGAAGGCGCCACCUGUAGGUAGCGCCUUCAGACGCCGCGGAUCACCUCCGCCAGUGGUGCUGGCGGCAUCGCAUGGUCAACGAAAAUUGUUUCACCUGCUGACGACGUGCCGUCGCUAUUGCUCCGACGAGGAGACAAUCAGUCUGCAGGAUUUCUUAGCGGAAGCAAGCGAAACUGGGAACAAAAAGGCACCGAGAGAAGGCAAAUCCGGACCUCCGGCAUACAGGUUUAUCAAGGAAUCUGCCAUGAAAGCCGUGUCCCCGCCGCCGCCACCGCAGCUCCCACAGUUCAGCAAACGACAGCGCAAGGUGUUGACCGAGGCGAUGUACGUCGCGGCUGAAAACGAAUACCUGGACAUCGUUUUGGACGUUUCCAGUUUAGGCAUACCUUGGAACUCCUAUAUUUGGACGGCAACUUUGUCAGCUGCAGUUGAAAUCGGCCGUAAGGCACUUAUCCAGAUGCUUUUCGACGACUACCUCAAGAAUCCUUUCGAGAUCACUGAUGCGUUUGUCGAAACUGGUCUUCCUCUUAUGUUCGACAUUUUGCUGCGCUAUCAGGACGACAUCCUUCGUGUCCACGCGAUGCAGAUAUUCGCUGUACUCUACGGCGCCAACCCGAUUCAGCCAAUGAUAGUUGAGGAAGCCGCAAUAGCUGCUCCUCGCAUCGAUGCAAAAUAUGUCAAUAACCCCGAAAUGUCGGACAUUCAAUUCCUUCUCGAAGAUCGAACAUUCUACGCUCACAAAAUUGUGCUUGCCAACGCGUCCGACAGAUUCAAGCGUUUGUUGGAUACCUCUAACGUCAAUGGGCAGUGCCUUAUCGCUAUCAAAGAUAUCAGUUACGAUGUUUUUAAGAUCGUUAUGCGUUUCUUGUACACUGGAGAGUUUUCUGACGGGGAGAUGAAUCUUUCGAUACUUGCUGACGUGCUCCAGGUGUCGUCUGGCUAUGGCCUGAAACAAUUAAAGAAGCGCUGUGAGCAGGUAUUGUCGCAAAGCGUUACGUUGGAGACGUGCCUUUUCAUCUAUGAUGUAGCACAGAAGAAUAGUGCUGCUGAUCUUAUGAGGUUUUGUGAGGGAUUCUUGCUGCAGAAUGGUCCGCGUUUCAUGCAGUACAGCGAAAACUUCCAUAUAAUGUUGCUUUCUGGUAGUCAUGAUCUCGCCAAUAAGCUUUUGGCGGCGUUGAGGCAGCGACUGAAAAACGUAACCGUGAAAACUUGA